AUGAAUUUUGGGUGCAAACUGCAAACUGAACACCAGAAUCUAAGACUAAGGAUUGAGGAGGCUAAUGUUGUCGGUAAUAAGGUGGCCACACCCUUCUUCUUCUUUCACCUCCCUAACUCAAACAACGGCCUCAAAUGUUCACCAAAACUUCAAUUGGGCCAACGCAACUGUUUCAAGAUCUUUUGCAAAGGGAAAGAAGAACAAGUCACACCCUUUUCUCAGGAAUUCUCAGCGUUGCCAGAGGAUAGUCCAUGGGAGAGUGAGAAUAUAUGGAGCUCUAUUGCACUCUAUCUAUUCACUCUGCAUAUUCCUCUCAGUUUUGGAGGCUUAUCCGUCGUUGCACUAUUUAACGGACACCCUGUUCUUCCCCCACAAACUCAGGCCUUAUCACUUCUCAUCAUUCAAAUUCUUGAGCUUAAUGGAGCUCUUGUUUUAUUGGAGUACACGGCCAAGCCACAAUACAAGUUUUCAAAUUUCUUCAAAAAUAACAAAUUAUUGAGCAAGAGAAACUGGAUUUUGUCAUCAGUUCUGGGAUUUGGGUUUCUUGUUCUUCUGAUUUUCCUGACAUCUCUACUUGCUGACAGAUUAUUUGGCUCCAAGCCUGUGAACAACCCCAUACUAAAGGAUAUCCUCUUAAAUAGUGACAUCUCAAGGGUGUCCUGUGUGGUUGCUUAUUGCAUUGUCACACCCUUUUUGGAAGAAGUUGUUUAUAGGGGAUUUUUGUUGACAUCACUUUCCUCUACCAUGGAGUGGCAAAAAGCUGUUUUCAUAAGCUCAGUUAUGUUCAGUGCAAUUCACUUCUCUGAAAUCACGUGUCUUUCUUAGCAACGGAUCCUU